CUGAGAAACCCGAUCAGGGGGCAAUGGAGGAGGCUGCGCCCUGCUGCGAGCGAGCGCCGGGCGGAGUUCCCGAGGGCGUGGCGCGGGCAGCGGGGACUCGUCUACACGGGCUUCGCGGGAGCCACGUGUGGGCCGCGCUUUGUGCUGUGUCACUGCGCCGCCGAGGUGGGGGUGGCAGGGCGGGGCCGGGGCUCCUCCCAGGCUCGCGUGGGUGCGCGGAGCGGGCAGGAGUGCGGGCCCUCGUGACUGGUCUGGCCUUGUCCGCCUGGCCGCUCGUCUCCCCUCGGCAGGUGCUGGCCCGGCUGGGGGUCGCCGGCCAGUGGCGCUUCGCGGACGUGCUGGGGCUGGAGGAGGAGUCUCUGGGCUCAGUGCCGGCGCCCGCCUGCGCGCUGCUGCUGCUGUUCCCGCUCACGGCCCAGCAUGAGAACUUCAGGAAAAAACAAAUCGAGGAACUGAAGGGCCAAGAAGUUAGUCCUAAAGUGUACUUCAUGAAGCAGACCAUCGGGAACUCGUGCGGUACGGUCGGACUCAUCCACGCCGUGGCCAACAACCAGGACAAACUGGAAUUCGAGGAUGGAUCAGUCCUGAAACAGUUUCUUUCGGAAACAGAGAAGAUGUCUCCUGAGGACAGAGCCAAGUGCUUUGAAAAGAAUGAGGCCAUCCAGGCAGCCCAUGAUGCCGUGGCACAGGAAGGCCAAUGUCGGGUAGAUGACAAAGUGAAUUUUCAUUUUAUUCUGUUUAACAACGUGGACGGCCAUCUCUAUGAACUUGAUGGACGAAUGCCUUUUCCAGUGAACCAUGGCGCCAGUUCAGAGGACUGCCUGCUGCAGGACGCAGCCAAGGUCUGCAGAGAAUUCACUGAGCGUGAGCAGGGGGAAGUCCGCUUCUCUGCUGUGGCCCUCUGCAAGGCAGCCUAGUGCCCUGCAAAAGGGAGUUGGCUCCUUUCCCUUCGACAUGAAGAUAUAUACCUCCCCACCAGUCAAAAUGCUCCAGUAUUUGUGAAACAUAGCUGUUCUUCCAUUCUGCAGACACGCUCUUCCCCUCAGCCACAUCCAAGCACGAGCUGUCCAUCAAGCCAAGUUUGGUGUGAGCUUCAGAUGGUGAAGCAUUUCCCCUUAUCAUACGUCUUGUACCUAAGUAUCUAAUGCUUUAAAUGGCUACUUUGGUUUGUGUCUGUAAGUGAAGGCCCUGGAUGUGGUUUAAUUGUUUGUCCUUAAAAGAAAUAAACCUUUUCUGCUGGUAAGAUA